AAGAUGCUGGUGCGAGGCAGCACUCCAGAAGCAAUUCCAACCCAUGCCUCAGUGCCUACUGCUCACAAGACGACCAAGAUCCCAGACCCUCCUAUGCUCACUGACAGCAAGGUAGAGUGUCACCGGACGACCCGGAAACCCGCCCCGAACCCGCCCCAAAGCCCAACGGGCUGGGCUUUGGGUCAAGGGUCCUUGGCCCGCUACGGGUCUGGGUCCAAAGGGUGUCACGGAGCUCAGCCAGGAUAAUGGAACAUCAACUCAUGUGCUCUACCUAGGUAGCUAUCGACGAG